UUGCAGUGAGAUAUCACAAGAGGCAGGGAGAUUGAAAAUCAAUGGCGGACUCACCUGCUGAACCUGAACUUCCUCACUUGGACCAAAUGCUUGGCCUUCUCAGGAUUCACAUCAAGCGUGGUAUCAAUCUCGCUGUUCGUGAUGUUCGUAGCAGCGAUCCUUACAUCGUCGUCAAGAUGGGCAAGCAGAAACUCAAGACUCGCGUUAUUGAGAAGGAUGUUAAUCCUGAGUGGAAUGAAGAACUUACGCUCUCUGUUGUGGACCCGAAGCUUCCGGUAAUAUUGACCGUGUAUGACCAUGAUACCUGGAGCCCAGAUGACCCAAUGGGAGAUGCAGAGUUUGAUAUCAUUCCAUUUCUAGAAGCCUUGAGGAUGCAAGUAUCGGACCUCCCCGACGGUACAAUUAUAACAAGAGUGCAACCAAGCAGGCAAAACUGCCUAGCAGAGGAAAGCUGCAUUGUGUUUAACGAUGGCAAGAUUAUCCAAGACAUGGCCCUCAGAUUGCGACAUGUCGAGAGUGGCGAACUCGAAAUCCAACUGCAAUGGAUUGAGCUUCCACGUGCUAAGUAGGGUUCAGAACUUGACUUUUCUGCUUCUCUUGGUCGUCCUCUUCAUCAAAACAUCUUAUCAUGUACGUGUUUGUUGGUUUUUUCUCCUUCACUUACUGCCGACACCCUCAGUUCUGCAAGGGGACUCGGCAGCUCUUCUCAACGUGUUGUUUCAUGAGCCCGUAAAUAACAUGUUGAUGAUUGAUGUGUGAUGAGGGAAAAUCUUAUCUUAGUUUGUGGAACCAUUCUGUGAUUUUACACCC